GUAUAUAUUUUCUUUAGGAUAAGGAGCCAUCCUUCAAAACCAUUUUUGUCUAACCGUGAAGAAAUUUGUUUGUUUUCUAUUAGCUCCUUUCUUAGCAUUAUUAUCCAUAUUAUAUUAUUUUUUAUAUAUAAUUUUUAUAUUAUAUAUUAAUUUUAAUAUUAUAUAUUACAAUAUUAGCCUUCUUUACCAUUCACUUACUCAUAAUUCAACCCUAUCCUGUCCUGCGUAUGCGCUGGAAUUCGUUAAAAGCGCGCCACUAUCUUCGUUAGGCCGUGUACGCGCGCCCAGCUCGGCAUAUCUGAGAGCACUGCGGAAGCAGUGCGAUUGCGCCACGUCGCACUCGAGCAGUUAAUAUUUUGAAGAUUAUAAACUUUCGGAAGAGAGCGUGUACUAGUGAUAGCGCAACUGAACAUUGAUUGCUCUAAAACGUAGAACUGCAUACCAAAAUAAAAUACUAUAAUCAAUAUUCAGUGAAGAAUGUGAAGGAACGAUUACAGCGAAAAAUAAAGUAUUCUCGAGAAAGAAAUGAUUUAGUAAAUUAAAAACUAUUAAUUCUCUCAUCCAUCUUUUCACUACGAAACAAAUCUGUAUUGCAAGGACGAUGACGUAAUUUUUUUAUUUUCAAGAACGAUCUUAUUCGGGGAAGAGUAUCUUUUCCCAGCGAAGAGUGUGAGGCGGUAUUUUGAACAAUAUUAUGCGACUAACAAAUAAAUUUUGAAUUGUAUAAAAAAUACUUUUAUUGAAAAGGAGAAGUAAUUCAGCGUGACAAUUAUUAUCACGAACGGAAACUGUUGAUUAUGAUUUCAAUUUAGCGGAAAUUAGACUCACCGAGAUUCGAUUGUUUGUUAAUCUGCUAUUGGAAUCCGUCUCCGUUUCACCUAAUAAACAUGAUGAUAAAGCUAUUUGAGGCUUCCGAAUUAGGAGACUCACUCAGCGCAGUAAAUAUGAAUAUUCGCAAUGUAAAAUAUUUGAACUCGUUGUGGCAUAUUUUGCCAAGUGUAUCCUUCUCGUAUAUACGCAUUGUUCUUUUUUUUAUUUUUUUUAUUUUGAAUGGCGCAGGAGAUUAGAUUAUAGUUUUAAAAAGUACGCUUAACUCGUCGACUACACUAAUCCAAGCAACAGAAAUGUUCAAGACGACGUCUAAAAGAUUUUCUUUAGAGUAAUGUUGGAAAAUUAGAAUACCUUUUAGAUGCUUAAGAGAGAUUUGAGAAAUUUGGGGGGAGGGGUGACAUCUUUUGUGUGUUUAAAAAAUGUUUGAAGGAAGUUGAGGGAUAUCUUGAAAAUUAGAGAGCUAUUUUACACACGUUUAAUUUAAUCUAAAGAGCCAUAAAUUGAGAAAUUUAGAAUACUCUGAACAUAGGAACGAGAUCUGAAGAAUCAGAAUGUCAUUUAAACGUCUCUUGAGAAUGCAUCUCCGUAUGCAUUUUUAUAUUUAUGAUUGCUCGUAGGGCAAUAAUGAAAUUGCUGCAAGAACGUGAGACAUUUAUAUUAGGAGUGUUGUAAAGUCGCGUACGAUAUGAAGGUCUUCUGUUUGCCGGUCGAGUCGUUUAAAUGCGAAUGCCAGUCUCUGGAAUAAAAAUUGCGACGAACAUGGCGUGCGACGAGAGAAUAACUUUCCUUAAAACGCGUCUGUUCGUGCGCAAAGGAGAGAUUUCGAUAUUUCGCAAUGAAACGUCUCACUCUGUACACACAGUAUUGAUUAAGGAAAUGAUUUUAUGAAUGUAAAACAAACCUGUCGGAUUAAUUUCGAAUGUGUUAUACGAUACACUUUAUAUUUUCUCUCUCUGUAUGUCGGCACCUUGUAUGUACGUGUGUACGAUAUGUAUGUAUAUAUGUAUGUAUAAUUUAUGUAUUAUAAGUGCUGAAAUAAAUCUCGUAAAGCAAUGAAGCAGUCAAUAGAGAUUUAUUUUUUACACAAUGCUUCACAGAACUUGAAAUAUCUUCAUUCUUGCAGGAAAAUUUCAAUCUAAGAAGCGUCUAAGAGCAAUAAGAAUAAAGAAGAAAUUUUUAGAUUUGCAUGUUAAUUUACACAGAAGAUACGAGGAUCAAUCAAAUAUCAAACCGAACUAACAUUUGCGGCUGAGAUCGAGUGAAGAUUAGUAGACGUAUCUAGACUCCCUCUCUCGAGAUAUUGCAGUUUCGGGAAUUAAAUCGAAGACGCGAGUCUACAUGGCAUAAGGCCGGUCCGUUUCACCUUUUCGUUCGUUAAAAGCUUGAUUAUAAUGCGUUACGCAACGACUUUAGACACUGCUCGCUCGCUUAUCGUGCUAGCUAAUAAACAAACGAAUGCGAGGUGGUGUGCACGGCAAAGAGGGAGUCUAGAUACGUCCACUAAUAUCUCCACUCGAUCUCAGCGAACGUUAAUUCGGUUUAUAUUUGAUUCAUCCUCAAAUAUUAUUUCAAAGGGCCUUUUGAUGAAAUAUUCUUGUACAUAUGUACAAUAUAAAAGGAUAAAAAGGUGUGGAUUUUAAUAUAAGAAAAUAAAUUACGAAACUUAAGGAAAAAGCUGGUCAAAAACCCGAGCUGGCUUAUAAUCGCUCUUAUAAUUCUCUAUCAUUCAAGUGUACAAACCGCACAUUUUUAGUGGCCAUCUUCAGUGUACAAACAAUUUUAUCCUAACGUAUAAUUAUAAAAACUAAGCGCGCGCAAAUUAUAAAAUGUAGAUGAAAAAUAUUAUCCCAGUCGUUAAAAAAACAGUGUUGUUAUCUUACUUGAUAGUUGCAUCCUCGUAAAACAAUACGAACCAAUUAGUUGUACAUAACUUUUUAAAUUUGUGACACCACUUUGGCUUUUAUUCGUUGGACUCUUUAUGUUGGACAACUAAUUAGUUCGAUUUGUUUUACGAAGAUGCAACUCUCAAGUAAGAUGAUAACACUGUUUUUAACGACUAAAAUAAUAUUUUUUAUCUAUGUUUUAUAAUUUGCGUGCGCUUGGUUUUUACAAUGAUACGUUAAGAUAAAGUUAUAUGUUCACGUGCGCUUGGUUUUUAUAAUGAUACGUUAAGAUAAAAUUAUAUGUACACUGAAGCCGCAAAAAAUGUGCCGAAACGUUUGUACAUUUGAAUAAUAAUACAGAGAAUUAUAAGAGCAAUUACAGACCAGGUCGGGCUUUUGUUUAGUUUUCUUUUAAUUUUUGUAAUUUAUUUUUUUUAAUAUUCUUGUAUUUAUCUAUAUCUUAUGGCGCUAUAUUUUAAUCGAAAACGUCUGAUUAGGAUAAAAUCGAUUUAUUACACUGCAAAUUUUUUGUUGUUAUCUCUAAUUACAUAAGUACUUACGUAUAUUUCUUACGAACCAGUUGCAAGACCGACGUAACAAGCUUACCACCAGUUAUCAAUUAUAAAAAGCCCAUCGAGUAUUGCACUGAAUUCAGUGUCCACCUAUCUGCCCAUCUACGUUGUCGAUUACUGUUCGAAAUGAUGAUACUCGUUAGUCUUGUAUUGAUUGUUACGGCAGUAAUACUUUUCUUGGUAUACGCCAGAGGCAAGCUUAAUUACUGGAAGAAACGCGGCGUCGAGUCCCUCGAGGGCGAUCUGAUCUUCGGCAACUUCAAGGACGCCAUACUCUUCCGCUCUGCACCGGGAUGGCAUAUCGGUCAGCUGUACAAAGCCGCUCGGGCGGACGCGGCUUACGUCGGCUUUUACAUCUUCCACAAGCCGUGUCUGCUGUUGCGCGACCCGGACGUCAUCAGGCAGUUCAUGAUUCACGACUUCGAGAACUUCUCCGAUCGCCACUUCGCUGGCCCCAAUCAGAAGGACAGUAUUGGUAUGAGAAAUCUGUUCGGUGUGAAAAAUCCGGUCUGGAAGUACCUGCGCACCAAGAUCGCGCCUACGCUGACGAGGAACAAGCUGAGGCAGAUGUUCCCGCUGAUGAUGGAGAUCGGCACGCCGAUGAUGGAGUAUCUGGAGAAGCAGCCGGCGGUCCGCGACAAUGCGAAGCUCGUGGACGCGCAGGAGCUCAGUUACAAGUACACGACCGAUUUGAUCGCGUCCGUCGCCCUCGGCACGAAAAUGGACACCUUUCACCAUCCGAACACGGAGUUCUCGUCCGGAGAGGAUGGUCGCUCUGGUGACGGUGUUCUUCAUGCCCGAGCUGGUGGAGCUGAUCGGGGCGAAGAUACUUUUCGACUCCUCCUUCGUGCGUAAGGUUUUCUGGAGCGCGAUGGAGAAUCGCGAGAAAACCGGCGAGAAACGAGGCGAUUUCAUCGACUCGUUGCUCCAACUCAAGUACGGCGAA